GGGGAUUGCUUCCUUUGCCAAGAUGGCGCCGGAAGGUAGCGGCGGCGGCGGCGGGCGCUGCUCGAAAAGCGAGACCGACACCAGCUUCUUGGGUUUCCGGCCCACUUCGGUGGACCCGGCGCUGAGGCGGCGGCGACGAGGCCCAAGAAACAAAAAGCGAGGCUGGCGGCGGCUCGCUCAGGAGCCGCUGGGGCUGGAAGUCGAUCAGUUCCUGGAGGACGUGCGGCUGCAGGAGCGCACGAGCGGUGGCUUGGUGUCAGAGGCCCCGGAUGAGAAACUCUUCUUCGUGGACACCGGCUCCAAGAGAAAAGAGCUGGACAAGAAGAGGACCAGAAGCCAGAAAAGGUCACUUCUUCUCAAGAAGCCCCUUCGCGUUGACCUCAUCCUAGAGAACACAUCCAAGGUCCCUGCCCCCAAAGACGUCCUUGCCCACCAGAUCCCCAAUGCCAGGAAGCUCAAACGGAAGGAACAGCUAUGGGAGAAGCUGGCCAAGCAGGGCGAGCUGCCCCGGGAUGUGCGCAGGGCACAGGCCCGGCUCCUCAACCCUCCCGAGACCAAAGCCAAGCCUGGGCCCCAAGACACUGUCGAGCGGCCUUUUUACGAUCUCUGGGCCAAAGACAACCCUCUGGAGCAGCCCUUGGCUGGCCAGGACACCUUUUUCCUGGAGCAGACCAAGAAGAAAGGGGUGAAGCGGCCACCACAUCUGCACAUCAAGCCCUCCCAGGUCCCUGCCGUGGAGGUGACGCCUGCCGGAGCCUCCUAUAACCCAUCCUUUGAGGACCACCAGACCCUGCUACUGGCGGCCCACGAGGUGGAACUGCAGCGGCAGAAGGAGGCCGAGAAGCUGGAGCGGCAGCUGGCCCUGCCCGCCUCAGAGCAGCCUGCCACCCAGGAGUCUGCGUUCCAAGAGAUGUGCCAGGGGCUGCUGGAGGAGUCAGACGGGGAGGAAGAGCCAGGCGAGGGCCCGGACACAGUGCCGGAGGCUGGAGGAAAGCAGACUGAAGGAGCAGAGACAUCGCCCACACCUGUGCGCCUGGCCGCCAUGGAGAAGAAGACAGAGCAGCAGAGGCGGCGGGAGAAGGCCGCCCAGAAGAUGCGGGUACAGCAGGCCCAGGAGCGGGCUGCCCGGCUCCGGCACCAGGAGCUCUUCCGGCUACGCGGGAUCAAGGCCCAGGUGGCACGGCGGCUGGCGGAGCUGGCACGGCGGCGGGAGCAGCGGCGAGUGCGGCGGCUGGCGGAGGCAGACAGACCCCGCAGGCUGGGGCGGCUCAAGUAUCAGGCCCCUGACAUGGACGUGCAGCUCAGCUCGGAGCUGGCUGACUCGCUCAGGACUCUGAAGCCCGAAGGCAACAUUCUCCGUGACCGUUUCAAGAGCUUCCAGAAGAGGAACAUGAUUGAGCCUCGGGAGAGAGCCAAGUUCAAGCGCAAGUACAAAGUGAAGCUGGUGGAAAAGCGGGCGUUCCGCGAGAUCCAGUUAUAGCCAUCACUGAAUGCUGGAGCUCCCACCCUACAAUAAAACACCACUGAUCGACA